CAAGGAAACCCAAGUCAUUGUCGCCAGUCCAAGUCCGCUUUUUCACUCUCUUCAUCGUUAAUGGACACUUGUGGCUGCCCGUGUCCCACUCAAUUGUCAAACUCUCUGUUUUUUUUUUUUUUGAAAGGCCAAUUGUCAAACUCUCAAACUCGGAAAAGAAAGCUAUCCUCAUCUAAAUAAUACUGGUAUAUUAUAUACACAUUCACACACACACACACACAUAUAUAUAUAUUGUAUUUAGAUAUUAAUUAGUAAAUGGGUCUUUCCCAAUUCUUCUAUUCGUGCAAUCGCUCUCGAAUUCUUAAUCGACCAAACCCAACUGGGUUUUGUUAUUUGCGUAACGCGGUUCUAUUGAAAUCGCCACGAAAAACACAGGUGUUGGAUUGAAGAGAAGAUGUGAUUGCAAGCUAAGCUUUUUCAGUCCCUAUCAGAAGUGUUUGUGAGUGAAAGAGAUGAGUUGUUUUGGAGCAUUCAGUUCUUGCAAAGAGAAAUCUGAGGCUCAAACAGAAGAGAUUGCUACCAACAAUGUGAGGCUCUUUUCCUAUAAUUCGUUGAGGUCAGCAACAAGGGACUUCCAUCCAUCAACGAGAAUAGGCGGAGGUGGUUUUGGAGUUGUCUAUAAGGGAGUUUUACGGGACAGUACUCCUGUCGCCAUCAAAUGUCUAUCUGCUCAGUCAAAGCAAGGGACCAAUGAAUUUUUGACAGAGAUUAAUUUGAUUUCAAAUACCCGCCAUCCAAACCUUGUUGAACUGAUUGGUUGUUGUAUUGAGGGUAGAAAUCGGAUUUUGGUAUACGAAUAUCUCGAGAACAACAGCCUUGCUAGUGUUAUACUUGGUUCACAAAGUAAAUGUGUCACUCUGGCUUGGCCUAAGAGGGCUGCUAUUUGUAUGGGUACAGCUUCUGGUCUUGCAUUUCUUCAUGAGGAAGCCGAACCACCCAUUGUCCACCGAGAUAUAAAGGCUAGCAAUAUACUUCUGGAUGGAAACUUCCAUCCUAAAAUAGGAGAUUUUGGGCUGGCAAAACUUUUUCCAGAUAAUGUCACUCAUGUUAGUACUCGAGUGGCAGGAACAGUGGGAUACCUAGCCCCCGAGUACGCCUUGUUAGGACAGCUUACAAAAAAGGCAGACGUAUAUAGUUUUGGGGUUCUGGUACUUGAAAUAAUUAGUAGCAGAAGUAGCAGUAAGACAGCAUUUGGAGGGGAUCUUUUGGUUCUGGUGGAAUGGGCAUGGAAGCUCAGAGAAGAAGGUAGGCUUCUAGACAUUGUUGAUCCAGAACUAACUGAAUAUCCAGAGGACGAGGUAACGCGGUUCAUCAAGGUUGCGCUUUUUUGUACCCAAGCAGCUUCUCAUCAAAGACCUGGAAUGAAGCAAGUGGUGGAGAUGCUUUCCAAAGAUGUUAUCCUCAACGAGAAGUUAUUGACGGAGCCGGGGGUCUAUUUCACGAAUUCCUCUCGGCAUGGGGCUGGUGGCAGUUCACAGGAGACAUCAUCAAACAAAGGCAAGCAAUCAGUAAAUCCUUCUAUUAUUGUAAGCCAGUUGGAUAGUGUGACACAGAUGCUUCCUAGGUGAUUAAUGUACAGUACAGUGUCUUAAUCCAAAUUAUUUUUCUGUGUCAAUUUGUGACCUUUUUAAAACCUUUUUCUCUUCUAGGCGCCUUUAAAAUGGCAUUCUCUUUGGGAGCUUCUUCUGUUCUAUUCUUUUUUCCACAUAAUAAAUAUUUAAAUCUGCUCACCAUGGCUUCACAA